GCGCGAGCGAGGGGGCUGGGGAGCGAGCGUCACUUUGGAAACUCGGGAACUCACGGAUUCUCGUGCUAAACCGGCGACCUCCUUUUCUCAUUACUGAAGUCCUCGCUAUUGGAUUUCAAUCGUGGGACAAACGGAGGAGAGAGUGAAGGGGAAGUCAGGAGGGAAGUGAGACCGGGUGAGUUUGGCGCAGACAGUUGUGCGUUAGCAGGUAAACUGGGGUCCAAGGUGCGCGCUGAGCCGCCUAUGAUACCAACAACGCGGAUGGAAAGAACUUUAAUGUGGAACCCUCACAGAGUUUUGCAACGGAGGCUCAGAGUAGAGACAGACUGGCAGUUUAUAUUAUAACUUAGAGGUGGCCAGAGAUUAGACAGCAGUCACCUGCAAACCGUGCGUCACUGUAGGGACACACAGCAACAAGGACCCGACAGGUAGAGCUAAGCAUUUUAGGAACAGGCCUUAUAUCACCUGCGCACCUGGAGGCUUGUGUGUUUAGGAAGAUGUCCAGAGAGGAGCAGAGCUUAUCGGAGGUGGAGCUCAGUCCCGGGAUGUCGGACGACAGUCGCUCCCUGUCACCGGGUCAUUCCUCCGGUGCGGCUGGCGGGGGGGACUCGCCUCUACACCGGCAGCAGCAGCCGCAGCUGGCGGGCCUGGACGACACCACGGCGGGCUGCUCCUCCGUCAAAUCCGACGACGAGGACGAGCGCUUCCCCGCAGAAAUCCGUGACGCGGUGAGCCAGGUGCUCAACUGCUACGACUGGACCCUCGUGCCAAUGCCGGUGCGCGUGAACUCCGGCAGCAAGAACAAGCCGCACGUGAAGAGGCCCAUGAACGCCUUCAUGGUGUGGGCGCAGGCGGCGCGGAGGAAACUGGCCGACCAACACCCGCACCUGCACAACGCGGAGCUCAGCAAGACCCUGGGGAAGCUGUGGAGGCUUCUAAAUGAGAGUGACAAGCGACCCUUUAUCGAGGAGGCAGAGAGGCUGAGGAAGCAGCACAAGAAGGACUAUCCCGACUACAAAUAUCAGCCGCGACGUCGCAAGAACGGAAAGCCUGGUUCCGGGUCAGGAAGUGAGGCAGACGUCCAUUCGGAGGGUGAGGUCAGCCACAGCCAAUCCCACUACAAGGGCCUCCACCUGGAAGUGGUCCACAGUGGGGCAGCUCAGUCCCCUCUGGCAGAGGGGCAUCACCCUCAUGCUGCAGGUCAGAGUCACAGUCCUCCCACACCUCCCACCACUCCCAAGACCGAGCCUCAGUCUGGUAAGGCAGGGGAUGGGAAACGGGAGGGUGCUGGGAAUGGGGGCUCCCGUGGUACAAUGGGAGCAGAGGGAAGCUCAGGUGCUCCAGGAUCUGGGAAACCUCACAUUGACUUUGGUAAUGUGGACAUUGGUGAGAUGAGCCAUGAGGUGAUGGUCAACAUGGAACCUUUUGAUGUCAAUGAGUUUGACCAGUACCUUCCCCCCAAUGGGCACCCGGGGGUCGGGCAGAGUGCUGGGGCAGUAGCAGCUGCAACAUCCUCUCCAGCCUCUCCAUACACUUACGGCAUCUCCUCAGCUCUGGCAGCGGCCAGUGGACACUCAGCAGCCUGGCUCUCCAAGCAGCAGCAGCAGCCGCAGCAACAUCAUGGCUCCCCUCUGGGCUCGGAUCCCUCCAAGGCCCAGAUCAAGAGCGAGGCUGGAGGUGCCGGGGGUCACUUCACAGAGGCAACCUCAGCCGGUUCCCAUGUCACCUACACGCCCCUCAGCCUUCCUCACUACGGUUCUGCCUUCCCCUCACUGGCCUCCAGGGCUCAGUUUGCUGAGUACGCUGACCACCAGGCCUCAGGGUCAUACUACACCCACUCCAGCCAGGCCUCUGGGUUGUACUCCGCCUUCUCUUACAUGGGGCCCUCCCAGAGGCCCCUGUACACUGCCAUCACUGACCCAGCGAACGUGCCGCAGUCUCACAGCCCCACGCACUGGGAACAGCCCGUCUACACAACACUGUCGCGGCCAUGACAGACAACGAGAACAGAGGGCACUGGUGCAGGUUCAGCCCCCAUGUCAGACCCAA